AUGUUGAAAUCACUUUCCCAUGAAAGUGCCCGGAACGAACUUGGCACUGGCCCUGAUGACCAUAACUCCACCCUUUUCUUGCAACUUCUAUACAACGGAUUGCCUGACGAUAUUUCCGCGGGAGACAUGGCCACCCUGCGCUUGGAACUUUACUCCAUUGCAGUCUCCCGGCAGCAUCCAUCAUAUACCAAGGAUGAUCUGCUGCGUGAAUUCACGGAUCUCCUUCGUGCUGGCGUCGAUCUGGAAGAUAGUCUCGCGUUCGAGACUGUUGGAGCUCUUUUGACGCCGCGGACAACAAAAGACCAGCAAAAUCAGGCCGUGAACUAUCUUCCGGAAGGUGACAUCGAGCUUGCAUUGCAGGUUCUCGAUCGUCUCAGUCUUCGUGGCGUCCCUAUCCUGAACUUCAAAGUGUUCAAUAUGCUGUACGGCGUUGUUGAUACACCAAGAGAACCGCCAACGACCUCCCCCUCACAACCGGGCGCCUUGGACUCUGACAUCCCCACUUUAGCUACAAGUGGAAAGGCGUGGACCCCUGCUCAGCGACAGAUGUUGACACGACUCUCCAAGAUCGUAUCCGCCGCGGAGGUCGAAUUCGAUGUCGAAGAAGCUCGCCGGUUGAUGGUGACUCAGUUCCAGUGUGAAGAUUAUGAUGGCUUCUGGCGGCUGUGGCGACAAUUACCCCUCAAAGGUGCUCAGCGGACUCCUGAAGACUACCGCCAGCUGUUCCAACUACAUGCGGAUCUUGGAGAAGAAGGCCGUGCCCGCGACUGCCUUUCGAUGUGGGUGCCUAUGAUGGACCGCGAAUCGCCUGUGAUUGAACUGAAAGGGCCUUUGGUCACAUCGAUCAUGCAUUGUCUUCUGGUGGCGGAUCCGAAUAUCCAGGACCGCACACAGGAGGAGAAUUGGAGUUUUUUCCUGGAACUUUGGCGUCGAUGCCAAGCUGCCCUGGCCCGGCCGAGCGUUUGA